AGGGCAAAGGCCCUCCCAGCACCGGCGGUGGCGGUUGCUGCAGUUGAGGCGGCGGCGGCGGAGGAAGUUCCAGCUUUGCACUUCACCCCGGUAGCAGCUUCGCAGCCGAAUAGCUUCCUCCCGGCCCUCCACUGGCUUCGGUGCUGCCCACACGUCUGUCCAGCCAGGUCAUGGGGUUACCGAAGGGGCCGGAGAGCCAGGAUGUCCCAGAGGUAGAAACAAGAGAAGAUGAAGAACAAAAUGUCAAAUUGACUGAAAUUCUGGAGCUCUUGGUUGCAGCUGGGUAUUUCAGGGCAAGAAUUAAAGGCUUGUCACCUUUUGAUAAGGUGGUAGGAGGAAUGACAUGGUGCAUUACCACUUGCAACUUUGACGUAGAUGUUGAUUUGCUCUUUCAAGAAAACUCUACAAUAGGUCAAAAAAUAGCUCUAUCAGAAAAAAUUGUCUCAGUUCUUCCAAGGAUGAAGUGUCCACACCAACUGGAGCCUCACCAGAUCCAGGGGAUGGAUUUUAUUCACAUAUUUCCUGUUGUUCAGUGGCUGGUGAAGCGAGCUAUAGAAACAAAAGAAGAAAUGGGUGACUACAUUCGCUCCUACUCUAUAUCCCAGUUCCAAAAGGCCUACAGUCUCCCGGAGGAUGAUGACUUUAUAAAGAGAAAAGAAAAGGCCAUCAAGACAGUUGUUGACCUUUCAGAUGCUUACAAGCCCCAUCGAAAAUACAAACGCCAACAGGGAGCAGAGGAGCUGCUUGAUGAAGAAUCUCGAGUCCAUGCUACACUUUUGGAAUAUGGCAGGGUAACUGAUUCUUUGAUGAGAUACGGAUUUAACCGCCAGAGCAAAAUAGAGAAGGCUGAGGACAAGAAAACAGCACUUCCCACAGGGCUCUUGGCUGCAGAAAAAGCUGAUGCUCGGGAGGAUGACGAGCUUCAAGCAGCUGAAGAGCAGCGUAUUCAGUCAUUGAUGACCAAGAUGACUGCCAUGGCAAAUGAAGAGAGCCAUCUCACCGCAAGUUCUGUGGGUCAGAUCGUGGGACUCUGCUCCGCUGAGAUCAAGCAGAUUGUGUCUGAGUAUGCAGAAAAGCAGUCUGAGCUGUCAGCUGAAGAAAGUCCAGAAAAAUUAGGAACCUCCCAACUUCACCGUCGGAAAGUCAUUUCCUUGAACAAGCAGAUUCUGCAGAAGACCAAACAUCUGGAAGAGCUACAGGCAAAUCACACCAAUCUACAAGCCAGGUACGAUGAAAUGAAGAAAACACUGACAGAGUUGAAGAGUUAUAGUGAGAAACUGGAUAAGGAACAGGCAUCCCUUGAGAAGAUAGAAUCCAAAGCUGAUCCAAGUAUCCUGCAGAACUUGAGAGCACUUGUAGCCAUGAAUGAAAAUCUAAAAAGCCAGGAACAAGAAUUUAAAGCACAUUGUCGAGAGGAGAUGACACGGCUACAACAGGAAAUUGAAAACCUGAAAGCUGACAGAGUACCAGGUGGAGAAGAAAAGACCCUCUCCAGUGGAGAGCCACAUGAUGCCCUCACCCCUGUGAUGUCUCAUAAUGAAGACCUAGACAGACGAUAUAAUAUGGAGAAAGAGAAGCUUUAUAAGAUUCGUUUACUACAGGCUCGAAGAAAUCGAGAAAUAGCGAUUUUGCAUCGCAAGAUUGAUGAAGUGCCCAGCCGAGCUGAGCUAAUACAGUACCAGAAGAGAUUUAUUGAACUCUACCGCCAGAUUUCAGCAGUACACAAGGAAACCAAGCAGUUCUUCACUUUGUAUAAUACACUGGAUGAUAAAAAGGUUUAUUUGGAAAAAGAGAUCAGUCUGCUGAACUCAAUUCAUGAGAACUUCUCACAAGCCAUGGCUUCCCCUGCUGCCCGCGACCAGUUUUUACGUCAGAUGGAACAGAUCGUAGAAGGAAUUAAGCAAAGCAGAAUGAAGAUGGAAAAGAAGAAGCAAGAGAACAAAAUGAGAAGAGACCAGUUGAAUGACCAGUACUUGGAAUUGUUGGAAAAACAGAGGCUAUACUUUAAGACUGUGAAAGAGUUCAAGGAGGAGGGCCGCAAGAAUGAGGUGCUGCUGUCCAAGGUGAAAGCCAAGGCCUCCUGAAAAUUCCCAGCCAUCUUCGUAUGUCAUUGACUUUUUUUUUAAACACCAUAUAUCCACUACAAGAUUAUGAACUAGUUCUGAAUACUGCAGUGGAGAGAUGCAGAUACAAUGAUUUCCGUGCCCUGGAUGUUUUCUUUCUCCUGUUGGCUUCCAUUCUGUCUCUGUAUUGGUUAUUGUGGAUGGAAGUAGUCAGUUUAAAUACUGUGGCUUAGAUGACACCCAUCAUCCUCUGGAGAACUGUGAGCAGUAUUUGUUCUCUAUGUCGAUUCACCUUUUAUUUCUCCAAUAACACUGCACAUAUGACAAUACCUGUAUUUGUAUGGACUCUGAAUAAAGAGGAAUUCAUUUGCUCAGCAAGUAUUAAUUGAAUAACCAUUGACACAGAAGCAUUUUGGAGUCAGAUGUGUCAAACCCAGUUCCUGUGGUUGGACACCCAGCAAGUGGCCCAAAGAACAGAUACAGCCCACCUGACCAGAGAGCUUGGCCACCUGGGAUUAUUUUUUUAGUAAACAAAGGGUUUUAUAGCUAAAUGAUCAUCCCAUGUGAGUGUUGGUCACUUGGGGCCUUCACUUGCCUUUGGUGCCUUUUGUUUCUGGCUGCUUGUGGUGCCAGCCAGCAGGCUUCAUGGUGUAUUACUUAGAAAGAAAACUCAGUGUCUGCUGUUUAUUUCUUAUGUACUGCUCAAGUUCAUUUCACUGAAAGUUGAAAAUAAGGGCCUCAUAUUGAGGACUUAAAUAUGAAUGACACCUUAUCAUUCUCUAAUUCUCAUUUCAGUCACAGCCAUCAUGUGGAUGGCCUUGUGCAUCCCCCUCAUUCCACGUGCCUUAAUUACACUCUGGACAGCUUGUGGUGUAAGCACUGAGACGAGACACACCAUUCGCUGCAGUCCAGGGCAGUAUGUGAUAAGUCUCAGAGUGACAGAUGAUGAGCAGGUGUCGAGAGGUCAGGAGGUGUCAGAGGAGAAAGAGCACUGAGUUGUGUAGAGAUCCACAUGGAGGCGGGAGGAUUUGGGCUAGAUCUGAAGGGGUCCUAGCAUUUUAGUAGGCACAGGUAGGUGGGAAGGCCAUUUUGGAUAAAGAUUUGACUCUGACUAAAAAUUCAAAAGGGUGAGGGUUGAGCCAGUCUUCGUGCAUUUUUCUCUUCUAAGAAUCAUCUCAAUUUUUAAAAAUGACAUGGCUGAGAGAGAGAUUUAGCCGGACAUUUCUAGACAGAGUUGAAUUUAAAUCAUCCACGAAAUACUCCUUCUGUCCUUUUUUAAAAAAAAAAUUAAUUUAUUUAUCUUUAGACGGGGAGGGGAAGGAGAGAGGGGGAGAAAUAUCAAUGUAUAUGCCUCUCAUGUGUCCCCUGCUGGGAACUGGCCCACAACCCAGGCAUGUGCCCUGACUGGGAAUCGAAUUGCAAUCCUUUGGUUCACAAGCCCGUGAUCAGUCUGCUGAGCUACACCAGCCAGGGUAUGUCCUUUUUUUUAAUUGUAAUAUUUUAUCUGAAGGCUUUAGAGACCAGUCCAGAAAGAUGGGCUGGGACAGCUUUGGAGGGCCCUGAAGCAGGGAGGUCUGAAGAGUUGGCUUCAUUCUCUGGAAAUGAGCAAUCCAACACAGAACUCCUGUCCUGGACCCCAGGGAUCUGGCAACUCAGUCAAGCUCCGGAAGCCCCAAUGUGAGGUUUGCACUUCAUUCUACAUAAACCUUGCACACAUACCAGUCAGUAGGUUUGGGCUGUAAAACAUAAAAGCUUAAACAUGUUAGGCAAAUGGGUCAUUCACUGCUGUCACAGGAAGGUCAUGUUCAUUUUUAGUUCCCUCGGGUGCUUGAUUAAGCAUGGCUGACGUGUAAGAAAAUCUCAUGCUGGUUUAACAGCAGCUGGUUUCUGUGCCAGGGCCAGUGAGGCCUGCAUGACAGGCAUGGCUGCUUGUGGAGCUAAACCAUGGACAUCUCCACUCCACCUAGGCUGCUCCCUGAGCCAUGGCCUUUGUGGAUUUUGAAAGGCGAAGUUGAAGUAAGAGCUGCCGAAGAAUGGGUAGGUAGCACUUGGAGGGCAGAGGAAGAAAACAGCAGUUUGACUGUAAAGUAUUUCAGGUUCCAGGAAACAUCUGUGUUAUCUUGAGAAGUUCAUAGACCUACUUCCUAAUUAACUUUUUGAGGAGUUAGGAGAUUGUUCAGAUAUUUGUCCAAAAGUGGUAGGGAGGAGUAGUGGGUGACAUUCUACAGUUACUCUAGGCCACCUCUCUGUGUUAUUGGGAAAAGUAUGGCAUGACUAAUCCAAAGCAGCCCAUAUUUUUUUUUUUUUUGAAGUGGGGCAUUUAUGUUAGAUUAUGUUUCCAAAGAGUUUUAUUUGGUUUGGGUUUGGUGCAGAGGUCUCAGUUGAUAUCUUUUCCCUUUUUGUCAUCUACAAGGCCUAAUACUAUUAAUAACUUAGUUUCCAUUUCUUGAACACAUUUUCAAUUAGCAGAAGCCAGUCUGGAGAAUUCCAUGUUUGCUACGGAUGACCUACAUGGUAGUGGUGCCUUUUUGAGUAACAGGGCAUUAAGUGUGCUUUGCAGGCUGAGGGGGUGCCCAGGCCCAGUCUCUUCAGAAUUUAGCAGGGGUUCCUCCCAGGAACACAUCCUUCAGUGUGCUCAGACAGAGAAUGGUUGGGUGUUCUACCAAGCCCAUACACUUUCCCAGUCCUAAGAAAGUAGGAGGGGAAUGUAGGCAUCUGGAGGAAUGAGGUUUCCCUGGCAAGCAGGCAGCUGUCUAGCAGUGUGCUUGCUAAUAGAGCAGGCUUCCCAUGGCUGGCCACCAAUGCCCUAGGAUUCUCCGCCAGCCUCUGGGUUGGGAGUUCUCCUCUCACAUACGUCUCAUGGAAUACAUGGAGCUGCUUCGGUUUAAACCCAAAUCAGAGCUGCUGUGAGCAGACAAACUAGAAGAGGCAUCUGGAAAGGCACUCGAGACAUAUUUUAUUAUCCUUGGCCUUGGUUCAGUUUCUCAUGGGUCACUGGAAUCAGCUAAUAGCACUCAAAGGAGGUACCGAGAACAGCUGCCAUGGUUAGACAUGAGGAGUCAGCUUUGUUUUUCUUAUGGAGAGCACAGAUUCCAAGUUUGUCAGGACUAAGCUCUUGUUAGAGUCUGGAACGUGUGGUUUUAACUGAGUUCUACUUCGUAGCCUGUGUUCUGUGGAUGGCCAGGUCCUACUGGCAUCUACUGAGCCUUGACAACAGAACCAGGAGGCAGAGGUGCUAGUCCAGACAGGAGGACUUCCCAGGCUCUUGGGACCUCCUGAAAUCAGAGCAGCAGUUGGAGAAGGCCUCAGGCAGCCCUCUUACUCCCUCAUAAAGUAACCUCAGGUUGUAACAUCAGUGGCCCCAUCACCUCUAUAGUGACCAAAGCAAACCUGCCUAAAAGGACAGUUUGAACAGAAGGAGUGGCCUGCUAUCACCUGAGCCAGCUUAGUCUUGCCCUCUCUGCAAGGUGACUGAUCAUCAGUGUAAGAGGGAAGUGACAUUCUAGUGAUAAUUUUUAAAACUUUAGUUUUUUAAUUAUAGUUUACGUUCAGUAUUAUUUUAUAAUAGUUCAGGUAUACAGCAUAGUGGUUACACAAUCAUAUACUUUAAAAAUAUUUCUCCCAAAAUUACUAGUACCCACCUGGCAUUAUACAUAAUUAUUAAAAUAUUAUUGACUGCAUUCCUAGCUCUCUACUUUAUAUCCUGAUGAUUAUUUCAUAACUACCAAUUUUUACUUCUUAAUCCCUUCACUAUUUUUUCACCUAGUUCCCCAACAAUCGUCAGUCUCUUCUCUGUAUCUGAGUCUGUUUCGAUUUGGCUUGCUUGUUUUGUUGUUUAGAUUCCACAUAUAAGUGAAAUCAUUUGGUGUUUGUCAUUCUCCAACACACUUAUUUCACUUAGCAUAAUACCCUCUAGGUCCAUCCAUGCUGUUGCAAAUGGUAAGAUUUUGCUUUUUUGUGUGUGGCUGAGUAAUAUAUAUCCCACAACUUUUUUAUUCAGUCGUCUGCUUGGGUUGCUUCCAUAUUUUGGCUGUUGUAAAUAGCACUGCAGUUACCAUAUGGGUGCAUAUAUUUCUAAAUAGUGUUUUGGAUUUCUUCAGAUAUAUACCCAGAAGUAGACAUAAGGAAGUUCCAUUUUUAAUUUUUUGAGGAGACCCUAUACUGUUUUUCACAGUAGCUGCACCAGUCUUGCAUUCCCAUCAACAACGCACAAGCAUUCCCUUUUCUUCACAUCAUUGCUUAUGAAUUCUUUAUAAAUUCUGGAUAGUAACUUUUAUCAGAUGUAUCAUUGGCGAAUGCCUUUUCAUUCUUUUGAUGGUUUCCUUUGCUAUGCAAAAACUUUUUAGUUUGAUGUCGUCUCAUUUAUUUUUUCUUGUUCCCCUUGCCCGAGAAGAUCAACAGUGGAAAUUCUGUUCUUAAACUUAAUUCGUCCUGGAAACUGUUCAAGAAGUGAUUUGUUUGAAAACCAAUCUGCUUUGUCACCUGAGAGACACAUGAUUAAUCAUACAGGUAUCAGCAUGAAAGGGAACUGAUUUCUAAAUAUUUCUUAUGUAUUCUGCUACUUUGCUGAAUUAAUUUAUUAGUUCUAGUAGGUAUCUGGUGGAAUUGUAAUGGAACUAGUGGGGUCCCACUGCCUGCUGACCAUAGGCAGUAACUCUGGGCACAGAGUUCGUUUGAAAGGAAAAUGAAAUUUUUACCUACUUAUAAUAUAGACAGUGGAUUUCUUGGUAUCUGCCCCCGCCCCCACCACUGGAAGAGCAAGCAUGUUGCUGGCAGGUGACUCGGGAGGUAACCGCCACGGCGGUUUUCCUAGGGCUUUGUGUGUGGGAGAAGGGCACGGGCUUGUUACCUGGCAGCGCCACCGCUGGGGACCUGCCAGUCCAAACCUCCUCGCCGCCACCCUCAUCACCUGUUCUUACUGGCCUUACUCCCAGCACCAACAAAUGCUCCUUGCGAGGCCUGAAGCUCUCAGGGAGGGGUGCAGGACCUGACCCUCCCCAGCUGCUCUGGGGCUGGAACCAAAAGGCCCACAGGGGCGUGGUCCAUGGGCAGGUGGCAGCCGUAGCUUCCUGCCUGGGAAGGGGCACAGGGCUUGUCCACCCAAGCCCCACAGCCUGCGUCCCCCCAGCCCUCCUACCUAAAAUCUGUUGCGCUCCUGGACAGGCAGGUCCUAGAGCACUAUGGCAGGGGGCACUUGGAAUCCUUCCAGCUAGGUCCUCAGCUCAGGAAACUCAGACCCCAGCCUCAGACCACCAAGCAGGGAACAGAGGAGCAAAAGCACGGUAUUUGCAGGUGCACCAUCUUUUAAAGAAACCCCCCCACACACACACGUACAUACACAGCAGGUGAUAUAAAUCACCUUCCUAGCUUUUGGAGCCUCUCUUUUUUUGUGUCAUGUACAGUAGUCCCGGUUGCUGAGGUGACGCAUGCACCAUCUCAGGCUCUUCCACCAUUUUCCAGCCUUCCCCUUUCCCCUCCUUACAGGAUCUUUAGGGUUCUCUAUAUACAGUAUUAUGUCAUUUACAAGUGAUGACAACUUUAGCUCUUCCUUUCCAGUUUGGAUGCCUUUUAUUUUUUGUUCUUGUCUGUUGUGAGUCGGACUUCUAAUACUAUGUUGAGUAAGAGUGUUGAAAGUGGACAUCCAUGUAGGAUGUUCUUUCAUGUAGGGCUUGCUUCUCUGUCUUCAAGUGAAGAUAUUUUUCAGGAGAAUCAGUGUGAGGAACUGGUAUUGCCUACAUUUCUUGAACCCUUCAGCCAUCAUAAAGGUUCUUGAUCCACUCGUGCAAGAAGGUGUAUAAAACGCAUCUUUCCCUUGUUCAGUUAGUAUAUGUUUUUCUCUUUUAUCUGCGGUUUUAGAUAAAUGAUCAACGUACUUCUGUGAAAAACUUGCAGAGAAGUUGUCAGAACCCAUAAUGAUUCUAUAUCCUCUGCUAAUCCUAAUGUUGACUUUUUAUUACUUCUGUUUUUAUGUGUGCAUGCUCCAUUAACGUUAAGUCAAAAUGUCAUUAUUGGUUUGCUCCUGGAGAGCGCUUUCAACCACAUCAGUACCGUGUUUCCUGUUUUCCAAUUGCUGGCUAUGUUGCUUCUUCCUUUGUGAGGCCAAGGACUGUUAAAACAUGCAGGAAGCUUUCAGAAGAGGUUCAGGCAACAGAAGGGCAGAAUGAGAAAAGCCGUGGACUUUUAUUGUUUGUUGGGAAAGUUUUCAACCACAUCUUCAUUUUCACUAUGAAAAUUAUUUUCCUCUUACAAGGUCCUCGUAAUUGGUCUUACAAUGGCAUAAUUUGCUUCUGUAUUUUUCUUGUAUUGCUGAGUAGCAGUCAGCUUUGCUAGGCUUAGUUUCACAACAUUCUUGGUAUCAAAAUUGGAAUCUUCAUUGUCUGAUGCAGACCACGAAUUGUUAUUGCCAGUUUUGUUGGAAAACCUCCUUAAAGUGUCUGCUUCAGAACUCUCUUCUACAAGAUUGCUACUUUCAGAAGUGUUUCUAGGUCUAUUUUCUUUUUUAUAUUCAGAAGUUAGUUGGUUUAUUGCUCCAAGGCUAAAAUGCAGGACAAAAAUGAAACCUCAUGUAACACUUGGGUAUUACAUAAAAGUUGGUAAAAAGUCCUUUAAGAGUCUCUCCACCCCGAAUUACCACAGCCUCUGCCAUUUGUUCGGGUCCAGCAGCCUGGGCGCCCACCAGCCUCAUUCCUCGGUCCAUUCGUGAGUGUCCUGUGCCCUGCCCCCUGCUCACUGACCACCUUGUGCUACCAAUAAGUCUUGAUAGUUGCUUUGGCUGAGUGUGAGGUGUAGGUAAUUGGCUUAAAACAUGCUCCGAGGAAGAACACUUUAAGGGCGUGCUUUAUAAUUUACUAAUGGCCAGUGUUGGCCUCAAAGUAAAAGCACAUCUCUCCACAGAAGCAGUCCCGUGAAAGCCCAACAGGAUGAGGCACCUGUUGUCCGCACGUGUGGACAGCAUACUCACGUAAUCACAUUCUGUCGUUUCCCUGCUCUCUAGAUGGCUCCUGCUGGAACCGUGUGAGUCCUUUGUGAGGGCUGUUGCCUUGUCCUGCCCUCUGGAGUGUAAGAGUAACACAGGCAGGGACCUUGCCUGAGUUAUGCACUAGUCUCCCCAGCAUCUGGCAGGCCUGGAGAAUCAGGAAACUCUGGUUAGAUAAAAUAGCUUCUUCAAAUUGCAACUUUGCAUCCCUGUAUUAGCAAAGUUUCCACCUAAUUUAUGCUUAGUUUGAAAACAGGUAGACAAUUUAUUGAGCAGCUUUAGAGAAUCUCAGAGUAUAUUUGUUAUACUCUUCUACCCUUGAAGGUUUGGAAUGAGAAAGAUGUCAGAGCUCAAAUUUACUUUAUAAAGAUGUUUUUUCUGCCAUGUACAUUGGGGGAGAGAAAGGGGGAGCACACUGAUGUCAGAGAUUAGACUGUGUGUGUGCUGUGUGUUCUGGCUCAAACUAUGUCAUGAUCCGAAUGUAACUUAACUGGUUGAAAUGACUCAGCCAUGGAAACCAAGAAGUGGAAAGCAGUACUCAUGGCAGAAGUAUGACUUUUAUAGUCUCUGGAGGGCAGUUGGACAAUAUCCCUCAAAAGUGCAAGUGCACAAACCUUUUGAGGCAGCAGUGCUACUUCUAGGAAUUGUUCCUGUGUAUGAGGAUUUCACUACAGCAUUGUGAUAGCAAAAAGCUGGUGCCCUGGCUGGUGUGGUUCAGUGGAUUGAGUGCCGGCCUGCAAACCAAAGGGUCGCUGGUUCCAUUCCCGGUCUAAGGCACAUAUCUGAUAAUUUUUUUAAGUUGGAAUCUACCAGCAUCACAGGGCAAUGGCUAAAUAAAUUAUGGUGAAUCCAUACAGUGGAAUGUGAAAAGCUCAGAGCCACUCUGUAUGUCCCACCAUGGAGUGGUCCACAGGCUGCAUGGAUCAUUUGGGGGGAAAGGGGUUCAUAGUGUACUGGUGUUUGUUUAUAAAAAGAGAAAGGGGAUGGAGAAAAAAUGCCUAUGGGUGUAUCUGUGGGUGUGUAUCUGUGUCCACACACACAAAUGUAUAUCAGUCACGUGUGUGCACGCGCCUCGGAUAUUUCUGGGAGAUGCACAGAAACCCGGUGGCCUUGGCUGCCUCUGGGCAGAGGGGUGGAGGUUAUUUCCCACUGUAUGUACACUUUUUGUACCUUUUGAAUUGUGUACCAUGUAGAUGUAUUAUCUGUUCAAAAAAUAAAAAUAUUUACAUUUUA